AUGCCCAGAGUGAUUAUUUAUGUGUGUUUGUUGUUGAAGUUUUUGCUGCAGAUCAACUGUUUGUGCUGUCUUUCAGAAAGCUAUGUGGCAGAUGAAAUAAUAAAAUCUCGGGCUGGUGUUAGAGUGCGUGUAGGCAAUACAGAUGCAGAGGGCAGGAUGGUUAUGGCAGACGUCUUAUGUCGCAUGAAGGAACUUGCCCUGGAAUCAGUCAACCCUGAGUUAUUUACAAUUGCCACUCUAACAGGACAUGCAAUUAGAGCAAUGGGACCAGAUUAUUCUAUCAUCAUGGACAAUGGACCUGCUAGACAUUUUGGCACAGCACAGAAGAUUCAAUCCUCUGGAGAUAAAUAUGGAGACCCUUUUGAGAUUUCUACAAUAAGGAGAGAA